CACAGAUCAUAAUUGAAUACAUACCCUUUAAAAGGAGCAGCCACACGCAAGUGCUAAGACAUACCUGGCAAUUAAGUACAGAUAUUAUUAAGAGAAGCCUUUUCACGAUGAAGUAUUUGGACGUUGAACCGUACCAACGAUUUUCGUCGUACCUCUCCUGCAGCCGAGAGGGCCAGAGUUUGCAGUGUCAAUUGGAGAGCUAUUCGUGUAAAAAUGCAGGAAGUGACAGGAAAAAAUACUCGGCGUUUGCGAAAGAAAAUGGACAUUCACCGGCGGAAUUACAAGCGCUCUCUCCUCCCAACGAGCACGGCGUGAGCAUGAGCUUUGCCUCAGGAAGCUAUCCGCGGGGAAGUAUAUGCAGCGAAGAUUUGCAAAUAACUGACCGCAAGACGAUAUACUAUCUCAUGAGCACGUUAAACUCCAGUUUUCCUGACUACGACUUCACGGAAGCGAACUCACAGCAGUUCAGUCGAGUGCAGAAUGUGGCGAGUGUGUUGAACGUCGUGAAUACACAGCUGCGCGAGAGUAUAGGCGAGGAGUAUGCUCAUCUGCAGACAGCACUAUGGGCUGCUAUCGACCAGGAAAUUAAGUUGGACGACUGCGAGAUAUACUCAUACUCGUACGUGGAUGAAAACGAUCCUUUUGGAGAAACCGGUGUCAUGUGGUCAUUCAACUACCUAUUCUAUAACAAAGGGCUCAAAAGGAUAACGAUGUUUUACUGCAGGGCUUCCAGCAUGGUCGCUCUGGAGGAUGCGUACAUGACUAUGGGUUCAGCAGAUCAAUCGCAUUUGACCCCGCAAUCAUCAUUCACCAUGCCCAUGACCACAUCUUCAAUACAAAAUAACCAAAACAUGGUUUUCGACGACUGGGAGGAUUAGUUGCAAGCUGAACACAAGUAAUCAGCUGGAAAUGAAGUCUUUCGUUAUUUUUGGGGACACGACAAGCCAAUACCGGCUAAUUGUCAGGACCUGUUCACUAGAGGGUGAUCUGGGGUGUCGGAUUCGGAACCAAUUGAAUUCUUAGAAAUUCUUAGAUGCAUUACCAGGAACUUGUGUGUGUCAUAAUUCGUUCUAAUGGAAACAGGGAAAUAUCCAUAAUGCAUUCGCGAAAAGGAGUGUAAAACUGUGUCCUUUUGUUCUACAACCUGUUCAUUUUUGAAUCUCCAACACGCAUUGAAGUGGCAAGCACGCAGAGAUUCAGCAUAGCAGAACGCUGCCAUCACUAUUGAUGUGCACGCUGCGCCUAAAUUAUUAUGACCGCAUCUGGUAUAAAAUAUUAUUCAAGUGUCGAAACCUCGCAUGCAUAGCCCCCUAUCUGUCAACUUCAGAAUUCAAAAGGCGAAAAAAAUAUGGGGGGCAUUUAAAUUGGUAUUUAGCUGUGAGCCCCUGCCCACUUACAAACAUGCGUUAAGAAUGUUACGAAUGCUUGUGUGCAUUCAUGAGCACCAUCUUGACUUGAUGCCAGAUUUGAAUAAAG